AUGGCUCGUGGUCCGAAAAAACAUUUAAAGCGUUUAAACGCUCCAAAAGCAUGGAUGUUGGACAAACUUGGUGGCGUGUACGCACCGCGACCAUCCACAGGUCCCCACAAGCUGCGUGAAUGUUUGCCGCUAGUCAUCUUUCUACGAAACAGGCUCAAAUAUGCCCUGACUGGUAACGAAGUUCUCAAGAUAGUAAAACAGCGUCUCAUUAAAGUAGAUGGCAAAGUGCGAACAGACCCCACAUAUCCUGCUGGAUUUAUGGAUGUUGUGUCUAUUGAAAAAACCAAUGAAUUGUUUAGAUUAAUCUAUGAUGUAAAGGGCCGCUUUACGAUUCACCGCAUCACACCGGAGGAAGCUAAGUACAAGCUGUGCAAGGUGCGCGCGGUGGGCACGGGCCCCAAGAGCGUGCCAUACCUGGUGACGCACGACGGCCGUACCGUGCGCUACCCUGACCCGCUCAUCAAGGUCAACGACUCCAUCCAGCUCGACAUCGCCUCUUCCAAGAUCAUGGACUUCAUCAAGUUUGAGUCAGGCAACUUGUGCAUGAUCACGGGCGGACGUAACUUGGGUCGAGUGGGUACCAUCGUGUCCCGCGAGCGACAUCCCGGCUCCUUCGACAUCGUACACAUACGUGACUCCACCGGACACACAUUCGCUACCAGGAUGAACAACGUGUUCAUCAUCGGCAAGGGCACGAAGGCGUACAUCUCACUGCCGCGCGGCAAGGGCGUGCGCCUCACCAUCGCCGAGGAGCGCGACAAGCGCAUCGCUGCCAAGGUGGCCGCGCACUGA